UACACAUGUAACAGCCAGUUGUUAUAUACGUGUUAUCGGCGCCUUAUCUCACGGCCUCAAUUAAGACUCAUACCCCGCGCGUGCUGCAGCUUCACACACGCCCGCCGUCACUCCGUCUACGCCAACACACCAUAGCUAACUCACGUCCUCCGUCACGGCUCCGAGAUCGUGGCCCGAGGACGCAGGAGCCGGUCAGGGUCGUCAGCAGAGAUCGAGACUUGGGGCCAGUUCGACAGUCCAACGCAGGGUCAUUGUAAGCGCCCCAACCAAGCUGUCUUCUCCACAGUACCACUCAAUACCAGAUACUAAUGAACUUUCCUGUAUAGUUUCGUAAAAUUUCCUCCUUUUUAUAGCAACGCCAAACACUAUACAAGGAACUUUCGUCGUAUUUUGUGUUUGGUUGGGAGCUUACAAACUUGCUGUAUUGAACUGUAAAACUGGCCCUUGAAGGCGUCCCUUGAGCCUCCUUCCCGUCCCUUGGUGAGCCGUGAUGGCGGUGCGCGGCUCGGCUCCCAGCGUGCUGAAGGUGCUGGUGGUGGGCGACAACAACGUCAACAAGGGACUCCUGCUGGCCAAGUUUGAGAACAGUCAGCAGCAGAACUUCCCCUUCGUGUCAACCAUCGGUCUUCCGUUCCGCGUGCGUGAGGUGCGGGUCGAGGGUCGGCUGGUGCGGCUACAGUUGUGGGACGCGGGCUGGGCCGAGGCGUGGGCGGCCCUCACGGCGCCCCCCCAGGACCCCCUCGCCGCCGCCGCCCUGCUCCUCGUGUACGACGUGACCCGGGAAGACACCUACGAGAGCGUCAGGACCUGGUUACAGAGGAUGCGUUCUGAGGCGCGGGGGCAGGAGCGACUCAUUAUGGUUCUGGCCGAUAACUGCCAUUACCUACACGACGACAGGCAGGUGACGUGGGAGCGAGGCAAGCAGCUGGGCCUUGAGGCUGAUCGGCCCUUCUUCGAGGUGUCGGCCGUGACGGGGACCAACGUGGAGGCUGUGCUCAAGGCUAUCACGAGUUCGAUGCUGGCAAAGGACUCCGCGGCGGCGCCCUCCACCUCCGCGGGCAGCACCAAAGCCAGCUGUUGCGUGCAGUGAGUGCCGAGGAAGAAGAGGAGGUGGAGGAGGAGGAGGAGGAGAAGGAAAGCGAAAUAAAAUGAUAGUUGGGUUAUUCGCUACUGAAGAGCAACACAGGACCUUGGACUUUGCUUUGGCAAGUCACCUUCUGUCGAGAGCCGCAGCAUUGAAGGGAGGGAAGGAGGAGGGAACGAGUGAGGCGCCAAGAACUCACCCAGCGGGACCCCUCGUGGCCCUGCCCUCCACGGCGUCCCUUCCCCUUCGGUCAGUGCCAGCGGUGCACGCAAACGGUGCCUCAUAGAUAGAUUUGUAGACAGAUAGAUUGCUUGAUUUUUUUUUUUUUAAAGUCUCCGCCUAUUGCGCCGGUAGGCUUGCUUGAGGGGCCUGGAUGGUGUUCGGCCCCAGCCCGUCAUGGCGCACGCAAGUGUUUAUAGUGGCGCCAUCUUCCAUCUCUUUGAUUGAUAGAUAGGCUAAAUAGAUUCAUAGAUAGAUUGGUAUAUAUUUUUUAUUUGGGGUCUCAUAGAUAGAUAGACAGAUAUAAAGGUUUCAAACAGAC